CGUUCCUCGACCGGCGUUUGUGGUGGGUUUACGUGAUAAUUUAGCUCUGCUUAAUUAAGUAAGAAAUUCUACACAGUUGUCUCGAACCUUCGACAGCAUUUAGCAACUUUACUGAACAUGUACUCCGUCAUAACAAUUAGCGAUACUUGUGCUGCUGGUACGGCAACUGAUACUAGCGGACCGCAUCUGACGACUUUAAUCAAACAGGCGUUUGAUACCGAAACCGUAAACUACCUGUUGAUUGCGGACGAGGAGGAACUAAUCAAAAAAUCACUUAUCUAUGCAUGCGAUGUGCUGAAAGUUCGUGCGAUCUUCACUACCGGUGGAACGGGGUUCGCACCUCGCGAUGUUACACCCGAGGCCACACGAGCCGUCUUGACUAAAGAAGCACCCCAACUGUCGUUGGCCAUGACCUUGCGGAGCUUGGAGAAGACCAAGUUUGCCGUCCUUUCGCGAGCCGUAUGUGGGGUUCGUGACCGGACGUUGAUCGUGAACUUCCCUGGGAGCAAAAAAGCCGUAUCGGAAUGCUUCGAAUCGAUCGUGGACGUGUUGCCGCACGUCUUUAAUCUGCUUAACGAAGGAGAAAUCGAGGCGGUCCGUGAGACACACCGGAAGGUGCAAAAGGACGGGGAAGUUCGUGCAUCCUCGGGACAUCACGUAUGUCCACAUGCCACCGGGAAGGGGGGUGACGAUCGCAACUCGCCGUACCCGAUGAUCGCGGCAAGCGAAGCGUUGAAAAAGAUUCUACAGCACACUCCCGCUUCGACAAACCCCCCAAAAAAGCAACUCAGUCGCAUCAAUAUUCCACCGUUCCGAGCGUCGAUAAAAGACGGUUACGCGGUGAAGGCAAACGGAGGGAAGGGAGUGAAAAAAGUAAUUGGAUACGUUUCAGCUGGUGACAGCAUCAUCACGAGCAACUUCACGAUCGAUGAGUGCUACAAGAUCAACACCGGUGGACCACUUCCUUCAUUUGCCGAUGCCGUGGUACAGAUAGAAGAUACCAAGCUUGUGUCACGUGAGGGUGAUUAUGAAAAAUUGGUUGAAAUCCUUUCCGAGCCUUCACCGAACCUGGAUAUCCGCCCGAUUGGAAGUGAUUUGCGGAUAGCGGAGGAAGUGUUUCAGUACCGCUUUCCACUCGAGGCAACUCAGCGCGCACUUCUUGCGGCCGUCGGGGAAAAGCCAUCAGUGGAGAAGCUGAAAGUGGCCAUUCUUUCAACGGGGGACGAGCUGCUGCAUCCAUACGAUACAGAUGCAACGGUAGAGCAGGCGAAUCAGGAAGGGAAAAUCUACGAUUCCAACACUACCAUGUUGGUGGAGCUGAUUCGCAAAUUCGGUUUCUCGGACGAUCAGUGUGAAAUACAGCAGAGAGUCGUGAAGGAUGACUUCGAUUCGCUUGUGGAGGUCAUUCAGUCACUGACCGGAGAGAUGCAUAUUAUCAUCUGCACGGGUGGCGUUUCGAUGGGCGAUAAAGAUUUCGUUAAACCUGCCCUGCAGAAACUCGACUAUAAGCUUGUAUUUGGUCGGGUAAACAUAAAGCCUGGCAAACCUUGUGUCUUUGCGAGCAGCUGUAAGACACAAUUUUUCGGAUUGCCCGGAAACCCCGUUUCAGCGUUUGUAACGUUCCACUUAUUUGCUCUUCCCGCGUUGAGACAGUAUCUGGGCACGAUCAAUCAAACACCUACCCAAAGUGCCAAGCGUACUCUGCCCAUUAUUAACGUAGAGCUCUUGGAUGAAAAGUACGACCUUGACCCUAGACCAGAAUACGCUAGAGCAUCCAUCGUGUCUCGAAAUGGAAAAUUGAUGGCCAGCAUCACUGGUGGACAAAUCAGCAGUCGACUGAAGAGUACAAUCGAAGCUGAUGCUCUACUUGAACUACCUGCAAGAAGUGACGAUAGACCUAGCAUUAAAGCAGGAACAAUAUUGAAGGCGCAUAUCUUGCGUUUCGAUUUUAUUUCAAGUUAUGAGUGAGCUUAUGUUGGUCUGUUGUAAGCAAACCAGAUGUGGUGGCAUUUGUAAUCUUUCCAUUUCUUCCAAUGACGGUUGUAACGUUAGUAGUUUACACAUUACCAUGAAGUGCUUUUCAAAAGUUUAGGGUUUCAUUAGUUUCCGUGUUUAAGCUCUGAGUUCGGGAAAAAUGUUCUUAUCCUACUUCUCAUCAGUUUCCUUGAAUGACCGCAAAUAUGCAAAUUAUAUUAUGGUU